GGCCCUGCGUCGACGCCAGCGCAGGGCCAGUCCAAACCCCAGCUGCAAGUUGCUUGCAACCGAAGCGCAAACAUGCAUAUGUGCCGUUAUAAAAAUUUGUCGACAAUGUUCUCACAACAAGAGUCGGCUCGCCACGGGCUCAGCCAACAUCGGCCUCCCGGGCGCCCGACACCCCCCCGUUCUUGCAGACAGCAAUUGCAUGAUACAAAUAUUCGGGCAGCCAGAUAUAGCCCUGUAGAUGGCUUUGUGAGGGGUUUGACGUUGACCGUGCAGCGCGCUCGCGGUGGCACCAUCCCGCGGGCAAGCAGUGAUGUUGCUUCGGUGGGGCUGUUUGGCGGAGAAGACUUCUACACCAUUCUCGGCGUGACGCCCUCCGCCGAGCCGCGCGACAUCAAGCGCGCCUACCACUCGCUGAUGCGCGAGUUCCACCCUGACCGCGCCCCAGAGGGCCUGCGCGACGGCAUGGCCGACCUGUGCGUGCUGCUGAAUGAGAUCUAUGCGACGCUGAGUGACGAGGAGAAGCGGUGUGUGUAUGACUCCAUUGCGGGCUUCUCAAGCUCUGCCAUCAACCCCUUCCUUGAUGGCAGCUUUGCCCGGGACCAGGUGUUUGUGGAUGAGAUCUCCUGCAUCGGGUGCGGCAAGUGUGUGCGGGCCUGCCCCAUGACGUUUGAGAUCGAGGACUCCAAGUAUGGCCGCGCGCGGGUCAUCUCACAGACCUCCGACUCCGUGGAGGACGUGCAGAUUGCCAUCGAGUGCUGCCCGGUGGACUGCAUACACUACGUGACGCUGCCGCAGCUGUCACUGCUGGAGGCCGCCCUGGGCACCAUGAGCCGCAUUGAGGUGUCCACCAUGCAGCGAUUCGGCCGCUCGGGUGGGAACGUGUUCGAGGUGGCCUACAAGGCUUGGGAGCGGCGCAUGGCGGCCAUUGAGCAGCGGGCGGCGGCGGCCGCUGCGGCUGCAGGUGGCGGGAAAGCACGUGUGGACUGGUCCUUCUGGACGAAUGGCGCCAGCCUACAGUAUGACGAGCAGGCGGAGGAGCGCGCGGCGGUCAUGGAUCCCGAGCAGCGGCGAAUCGCCAACCUGGCCGCUUCCGCGGCCCGCGCCGCGCGCAUGUGGCGCCUGUACAGCCGGAGCACCGGCGGCCGGUCGCUGCUGUCGGAGAGCAGCAGCGGCAGCAGUAUGGGCAGCGGCAGUAGCAUGGCGUCCAUGAGUGAGCUGUAGCGGCUGUGGCAACGCUGGCGGGGUGUGCGCACCCAUCCGCAGUGGCUCCGCCGCUCUCGAUUGGUACGCGGGGGAAGUAACAAGGACUACUAUUGUUCAAGGUGUUGCUGCUCGUACGUGUUGGAGCUUUGCCAACAUCACAUAACAGGCAUGUUGGUAAAGCUGAUGUGAGGAGCUAGAUAAGUUGAUCCUCUAGCCCUCUUGCACCGUCCUGAGUGGUCGUCUGUCCUAGGCGCAAGCUCAACACAUUGUUUGCGUGUGGGGACGCUGCGUUGGCGACAGCCACGGAUGGCCCUAAUACACCACGAGGGCAUGUCGCACCUGUGGAGGCACUGUGAACGUGGGACCUCCAGAUUACAAGUUAACGCUGUGGGCGGUGCAGCACGAUGUCGUAUCCGCAUGCUGAGGUAUGCACUCACGGUGGGGUGCAUACUGUCAUGGUCGCGACUCGUGUUAUCUCAUUCUGUCAUCAUAGCGAAAUCGCAUUUUGCUCGACGCAUUUCGCAUGCAUGUAACUGGGGAGCGUU